AGCCAUCGAAAGGUGCUCAGAGUUGGCAGGUAGAGACCUAGUUCCAGGGUGGGCUUACACAACAGCGAAGAGUUGACAUCGUCCUGCCACUUGACCAAAGUCUGAGACCUCAAAUCAGGACAUCAGUUUUGGCAAAAGGAGCCAAGAUCAGCUUUCUCUGCAUCUCCAGAAGGACAAGCUUGAGAAAAACCCUCUUAAGACUCCACUCCAACUCCAAAGUCUCCGGAGGAUGAUGCUGUGUCCAUCAUCCUUUUGAGUAAGUCAGACCAACAUGGCUUAAAUCGAGUCAGCUGGGUUUAUUGUUGGCCUCCUGCCCGGCACGAAACCAACUCGCAGCUUCAGGUUGAGUUGGUUGGAGCUCCCUUCCUUGCACCACUUCCUGGGCCUGGAGGACGUGGAGACAACGGCUUGUGGGGAAAAGUUCACUGAAGUCUGAAAGUCCAGGUGCUGUUGCCCAAGGCGAUGCAGCCAGAUCUGAGGCGCCAAGGGCCACUGGCAAGACGCACAGGUGAGAAAGGUGGUGGUGGAGGUGAUUUUUCACUUAGUGGGGAGCACUUCCUCUGGAGGAAAUCCAGACCCUGCACAAGGUCUGGAUCACCAUCCAAAAUUUGUCCUUAAGGACGCUGAAAGAUAAAGAAGAAAAAAUAAAAGAACAGGAACAAAGAGCAUUGAGAGAAAGAGCAAGGGCUAAAGAGCCAAUGGAACAAAGAAACUAGGGCGAUGAAAUUAAAAACUACUAACAAGUAAAAUAUGGGAGAAGAAAUAAAAGCCAUAUCAAUAAAGGUAAAUGGACAAUGUGGCGAUAAAAGAACAGAACAUUAAACAAAUUCUUUGAAGAUGGACAUUACAUUUUUACAAGAGGUCCAUAUUAGAAAACAACACAGAAUUAUUAGAACACUCAAAAUUAGGAAUUCUAUUUACUUCACUAAUACAUCAAAGCAAAAGAGGAAUAGCUUUGUACAUUAAAGAAAAAUUAGAACCCAAGUUUCUUUUUGAAGAUGGAGCAGGUAGAGUCCUGAUGGUGGAAAUAAAAAUACAUUCUAAGCAAAUACUCCUGAUAGCGUUAUACGCGCCAAAUGAAAAACAAGAUUUUUAUAAGAGAUUACAUAGAAAAAUUCUAGAAUUGGACUAUGAACACAUUUGCAUAAUGGGAGAUUUUAAUGCUGUAAUGGAUGCGGAACUGGAUUAUAAAACAAUAAAGACUAGCAAAACAACAACAAGGAGAAUAGUGCCAAAAUCCUUUUGUAUAGGUCAGAAGAAUUGAGUAUUCAAGAUAUUUGGUGACAAAAACAUUUAAAAGAAAAACAAUAUACUUUUUAUUCGAAUAGACAUUUAUCGUGGUUGAGGAUAGAUAUGAUAUGGAUGUCAUCAGAUUUGAUAGAGAAUAUACACGAAGUAAAUAUUGGUUCAAAUAUAUGGGCAAUCACAAUCCAACGAUGAGAAUAUGGAAAGGACAGAAGAAAAGAACAAGAUGGAUUUUGGCUAAAUAACAGACAACUCUGCUGUGGAAACCCUCUUGAAAGAAGAUCUCACUCGGCUCCCAGAAGUUCUGCCUCCUUCUGGCCUUCCAGAAGAGGCAUAGAAACAAGACCAGAUGAUUGGUGGGCUACUUUCCAGGAAAACGGGGGGACUCAAGCCUUGAAGUGGAAGGCCUUGAACCUAGCGAUCUCUAGAGGCUGCCUCACCUGUCAAGACAAAAGAAAUUUGUCACGCAAAAAUUCACACAUGGACCUCCUUUUUAUGAAGUGAUACUUGGUGGAUUACACAUCUUGUGUCACUUCCUCCCAGGCAUGGCAAGAAAUCUCAGCUCUGCAGGCUCCUCCCUCCAAACUUAGGAAUUCUGCAGCAGCUCGCAAGCCCGGCAUGGCUGAAUUAGUUGCGGGCAAUUUCACAGCCCUUCUGUGUGUACAUCUGAUGCUUGCCCUACUUCAAAAUCCAAGUGCUCUGGAGUCUCCCCACCGCUUUGCCCCUCAUCCUGAGAGACCAGUGGUGAAAUCCAAUUUUUUUUACUACUGGUUCUGUGGGCAUAGCUUGGUGGGUGUGGUGUGGCUUGGUGGGCAUGGCAGUGGAAGGAUACUGCAAAAUCUCCAUUCCUACCCCACUCGGGGGCCAGCCAGAGGUGGUAUUUGCCAGUUCUCCAAACUACUCAAAAUUUCUGCUACCGGUUCUCUGAACUACUCAAAAUUUCCACUACCGGUUCUCCAGAACCUGUGAGAACCUGCUGGAUUUCACCCCUGCUUGAGACCCUUUGUGUCUUACCCAGCCUAAUGUCACUCCUCACACACUAAGUGUGCACCACAUCCAGACUGGCCCAUCGCUAUACAGAAACUUCCAGGUUUAUUCUGACCAAUUGGACAUUGCAUGAUGGUGGCCCUUGGAGAUCUCCUGCAGGCAGAUGGCCUUAGGCCUUCUCUUCAUGUCUGUGAAGAGACAUGUGUCACCAUCCAGAUAUUUCCCAUCGGACCUUAGCUGGUCCUGCAUCUUCUCAGUGCAAGAGAAAUCAAGCCCAGAACCGCCUUGCUGAUCGUAAGUGCAAGGCCUCCCCUCUUAAACCCUGAUCUGGUGCAGAGCCUCAUAACCACAGCUCUUCUUUUGCCACCCAUACGCACAGCCUCCCUCCUCUCCGCCACAAAGGAAGCUGCAUCAUGUGUCUUCCAAACGUCUCUUCUGAUUUCGCAUUCUCAUGCUGGCCCGACACAGUGUUCCUGUUUUCUCUCGUAGCAGAUUCGUUGGAUGUUGAGCCCCGUUCUUCCCUGAUGUCUUAGCUAUGCUGGAGACGUUUUUGUGAAGGAAAAAAUAGAGGCUGAUUAUUUGCGUGGACACCUGAUGACCUGCGUCUUUCACUUUCUCCUACUUGCAUCAGGCAAAAUGGCUUCCCAGUGGAUCUUCUGGCCCAUGGUUCUCUCAGGCGUCCUCCUAUCUGGUGAUUUCAAGAGUAUCCAAGAUGGCAUCAGCACGAAGAACAUGGUGACUCCUGCCAACACGAACGAUUGGAAGUGGAAAACAGCAGCUGAGGAAAGUAAUGGGUCCUUCUCUCAGUUGCUCCAUCAAGGAAGACAGGAUCCAAUGAAGAACCAGACCAAAAAGCCUCCUGCCCUUCCAACAGCUUCACGCCUCUCGAUGGCUCUCCAGGAAGAGACCACCUCCUUCCCCAAGGAGAUUGUGACCAAAGUUGCAUUCAAAGGUUCUCCAAAGAACUUGCUGCCACAAACCAACCCAAGUAAGAUGAAAUCAAAGCCUCUUCCCCUGGAAAUGACUGUAACGUGGCCAUGGCUGGUUGACGUCACCUCCAAACCCUCUCAGGCGCCUCUUUCCACACUGACUUUGGAGCAAGACUUUGAGACUACUGGACCUGGCUCCACACAAAAAGACACCCUCCAUCCUUCGUUCAAAAAAGUCACACCUAGUUUGGCAUUCUCGGACGAUCUGUCUACUGCGCCCUCUCACGAUCUGAUCGAUGAUUCAGGGUUUUCCACAGCUACCCAGAACCACAUCCCACACUCACCUAAACCAGACACAAAGUCCAAAAUAAAACUUCCUCUCAUAGCAGCUGCUUCUGCAACGCCACAACAUCUGGAUGAAAUCUUGUCUACCUCUCAGACUUUGGUGGAUGACACAGAGUUUUCCACACCCGCCCAGAAGCAUACCUUGGACUCAGGUGGGCCAGGCCUAAAUCCAAGGGCCAAACCUCCCCUUGCAAAAGGCACAUCUGAGCCCCAUAAAACACAGAAGUGGCUGGAUGAAAUGGUGUCUACAUCCUUGGCUUUUUCUGCAAGGUCCCCAAGACAAAGCUUGAGUCCUACCACAUCGGGUUCCUCAGCCACCACCCAAGGGAAGUCUCCCCUUGCCGAUGAUACCAGCCCCCUGAUUGAAAAGUGCUUGCUGGCCAUCCUCCUCCUGGCUCUGGUGGCCGCCAUCUUCAUUGUGUGCUCAGGUGUCCUGGCCAUCAUGCUGUGUCGUCAGAAGAGAGCCUACCGACUGGGCCAAGCCAACCACACAGAGAUGGUCUGUAUCUCAUCCCUGCUGUCUGCCGAAAAGGAGGAGGAGGAGGAAGAGGAGAGGAGGAGGAGGAGGCAGCCCAAAGUGAAGCGGGUACAACUUCUCGGGGAGACAGCAUCCGAGACAGAGGCGGACAAUUUAACUCUGAACAGCUUCCUCCCAGAGCAUUAAUAGUUGGGUGUUCUAGACAUCUUUGGUGCACCUCCUUGGAGCCUCUUGAUCUUCUCCAAGACCGUCAUCUGAACCCAGGACUAUAUCUGCGGUACAUCCUUAUCUUCUCACCUGGGUGGACCUAUUGCACUGAUUCAUACAUUUGUUUGCCAGCUGUAGAAACCCAACAUUUAUGUCCUGCAAACUGUCGUUUCUUGGAGAACUAUUGUGGCUUGUUGAAAACAAGACUUAGCACCAUGUUUUUCUGCAGCCCUGCAGAUCAGAUUAGAGAGGGGACAUUCUGAAAUAUGUAAAUUAUUUUUUAGUUAGAUUUUUACUUGGUUUCCUCCCAGGAGUGCAAGGCUUAGGUCCUCCCCGCUCCCCCAGACCGUGAAGAUCUUAUUCAGCUGCUGGAAGGUCUUGCAUUUCCCUUUUUUGAAGCCAUCAUAUCUAGAAAGCAAUAACUGAAGCGUGAAAUCUCAGAACAGACCUAAACAUUUCUGCUUUUUUUUUUUGUAUUUUAUUACGGAACUAAGAUUUCUAGAGUGUUUUUGAGAUGGAUUGGGUUGAAUGGAGGGUGGGGAGGGGUCGGGGUGUUAAGUAAUCCACAUUUAAAAUAAUUAAACAUUUUGAAACGCAACAGUGGUUGUAGCAUCCCUGGAACCAAUCGACCGUUGCAGAAACAUCGUAUUCUGGACUCAUCCGAGGUCUUGUUGGGGGAGGUUCAGAACCUGGAAAAUCCCAUUUCUCUAUUCUGGGCUCCUUAUGAUUUUGCUCUCGCCUCAAUUUUAAACGUUCUAUUCUCUCUUCCAGUUUUGCAGCAAAACAUAAAGGGAAUUUUUCUCUUCUCUUCUCUUCUCUUCUCUUCUCUUCUCUUCUCUUCUCUUCUCUUCUCUUCUCUUCUCUUCUCUUCUCCUCCCCUCCGCUUCCCCAUUGCUGUUUCAUUCGUAUCUCCAUUUGCAAGGAAACCAUCUUACCCUACCUCAGGUAUUUGUCUAUCCACACCAACUCAGGCUAACAGGGAAAGCCCAUCCCCAUGGACUCCGAUUCCAUCAUCCCCUGACCAGCAGGGCCUGAAACAGACAGAAGCUCUUCUCUCCAUUUAUUUUUUGGGUCCUUGUAUCUACAAAGUGCUCGGCCCCUCCUCACCCACCCUCAGUUUUCUCCUGGUUCCCUCUUUCUGCUUCCCUGUUUUGAUUUCUCUUCCUCAUCACCCAGACUUCAUCAUGGGUAACACCUGCUAGCCACAAACUCUGUUUUGGCACUUAGAAGGACUCGUUUUGCAGAAAAUUCCUUCAUUUUUCACCAGCUGGUCCCUAAAUUUGAUAAUAGCGAUGAUCAAACAUACGCACUGGAGACCACUGUAGGUGAAGAAAAAAAGGAAAAUGACUUGUAAAAAUGGUAUGAAUUAAGUGAGAACAUUCAGAAAAAGAUUUUGGGGGGAAAUAUUGCCAAAAUUGCAGGUGGAUUGCCUGUGGACUUCUCACUAAAACAGAGGGAAAAACGGCACGGAAAUGGGCAGAAUUAAUUUCCCUUCCUUGCAGAAAAGGGGAACACAUUUAUCCACCUGUUAUUCCGUUGGGUAAUUCAACUGCCUCCCAGAAGCUCCAGAGCAGGUGUGGAAGCUACUCGUGAAUGUAUCUCAGUAAUUAAUAUUCAGCUAGACUUCUCCUGAACCUGCAGGCUCUGAGGAACCUCUCUGGAAGUUUCUCAUCUGUGUGGGAGGGGGAGGAUUGACGUCAGCAGGCCCCUGAGUUCAAAACAACGUUAGAGAUGGGCAGCUUUUCUAAAGAAAGCUCGCAGGUACUGUGUCUUCCCUUUUCAAGAGGUUUUUUCCGCUGGUUAUCUUGCAACAUCAGCCCGAGAGGAAGAGAUCUCGUUGGGCCCUUGGAGAUGACUCACACGGGGCCAGGCCUGCCUCUGAUGCAAACGGAUGGGAUGGGACGGAAGCGGGCUUUGCAGAACCCCCCCAGGAAGAAUCUCUGCUGCUGCGGUUAAGGCAGGGUCUCAAUUCUGCCAGAUGCCCAGAGAGGCAGAUGCUGGGCUGCUUUCAGGGAGAGAGAAGACUGCAGCUUUCAAAAGAGUCCUUCCCCCA